GAGAUGUAGUAGUAAUAAAAAAAAAAAAGGGAAAGUGUAGUGUUAAAGUGAGAUAUUAUUAAUUAUUAAUAGUUGAGUUGUUGAUCAUCAUCAUCAUCGCAAUUCGCACACCUCCGAUCUCGGCUGCUCCAUGUCCGCAUUGCCGCACAAAUCAUUCCUCCUCUCCUCCCUCUCAAUUCAUAACUCCCCUUAAACCCCUUAUUUUAAUAUUUUAAAUAUAUCGCUUUGUUAUACUUACACACAUCUGUAUCUAUCUAUUUCUCCUCAAUAUAUAUUGUUUAGAUAAAUAUGGGAAAGAGAAAGAAAAUAACUGACCACAACAAGACUCCUCCUCCUUCUCCUUCGGGGUUUAUGCCAUAUUCCUCUCCAAUGGAUUCAUUUUCAAAUGAGAAAUCUUCACGUUCAGUUGGCACCAGUUCAAUAAAACCUCUAUCUUCCAUUAUGGAUAUCAUGGAGAGUCCUGUGAAGAUGGCGAGCCAGUCAAAUGCUCAUCACCACAAUCGUACAAUAGUAGUAAGGCAUCCACGUCAUUACUAUGGCCGUCAAUAUUCACGACGAAACUCUACUCACCAUACUGAUGCAUCAAGCUCUCAAGGAAAGGUUACUCCUCUACAUAAUGAUAGAUUGUCCUUCAAGUUGGCGAGGCAAGGGAAUUCAGAAUCUAGUAGGCAUGCAGAAGGUAGAGACAAAGCAUCUCGGAGGCUAGAAAGAAUUAGAUCUGGUACUACGGCAAUGGAAACAAUUUCUGCCGAUGUAAUUCAGAUGACAUGUGGAAUAUGCCAGAAACACUUGAAAAGCAGGUCUUAUAUUUUUGGAAAUACCAUAUCCUCUAGUGACCUGUCUGUGGUGGCAGUGCUAGUUUGUGGUCAUGUUUAUCACGCUGACUGCCUGGAAACAAAAACAAGUUAUGAAGAUAGAAGAGACCCGCCCUGCCCCACGUGUACAAGCUUCUUUUCACAUAUUGAUACGCCAAGUACAAAAAACUAGUUACAGAUACACUGACUGUGUACUUUAAGAUAUUGUUAAUCUAGCAGGGCAUAACUCCUAGGCUGUAAAUUAGGUAUCUAUUAAAUGACACAAUCGUGUAUAUGUAAUCUUGAAUCUCUAGAUGAUUAUAAAUGGCAUGUGAGACUUCUUAGA